CAGCACCCCCGGGGCCCCCACGCCCUCUGUGACCACCGCCCCAUGGUCUUCACUGCGCAAACGCAGGCUUUCCAGGGCACUAUUUGCGCGCGUGGCUGAGGACGACCGCGGCCUGUGGCCCCCUCCCCGGUUGAAGCAUGGAUGCCUUGGAACUUGCCAGAAAGCUGCAGGAGGAGGCCACGUGCUCCAUCUGCCUUGACUACUUCACGGACCCGGUGAUGACCUCCUGCGGCCACAACUUCUGCCGCGAGUGCAUCCGGCUGGCCUGGGAGAAGGUCAAAGGCAGGAAAGGGGGGAGGAAGCGGAAGGGCUCCUUCCCAUGCCCCGAGUGCCGGGAGCUGUCCCCCCAGAGGAACUUGCGGCCCAACCGCCUGCUGACCAAAGUGGCUGAGAUGGCGCGGCAGCACCCGGGCUUCCAGAGCAGGGACCUGUGCGCAGAGCACCAGGAGUUGCUGAAGCUCUUCUGUGAGGACGACCAGAUCCCCAUCUGUGUCGUCUGCAAGGAGGCCCGGGAACACAGGACCCACAGGGUGGUCCCGGUCGAGGAGGCCGUGCAAGAGUACAAGCUGAAGCUGCAGGCCGACAUGGGGCACCUUCGGGAGGAGAUGAUGAAGACUGGGAGGCUGCAGGCCAGGGAGAGACAGACCUUGGCUGAGUGGCAGGAGAAGGUGAAGGAGCAGAGGCGGCGCAUCCUGGUGGAGUUUGAGAAGAUGGGGCUUUUCCUCCUGGAGGAGGAACAGCGCCUGCUCCAGGCCCUGAAGACUGAGGACGAGGAGGUGGGAGCCAGGCUGCGGGAGAGCUCUGCCAUCCUGGAGCAGCAGGGCCACUCCCUGGAGAUGCUGCUGCUCCAGCUGGAGGACAAGAACCAGCACAGCCCACUGCAGAUGUUGCAGGACAUGAAGGAGCUCCUGAGCAGGAGGAACAGCUUGAGUGUACAGUACCCAGAGGCCACCCCAACUGUGCUGAGGACAGUCUGCAGGGUCCCUGGGCAGAUAGAGGUGCUGAAGAGUUUCCAAGAGGAUGUGGUGCCGGACCCCGCCACCGCCUACCCCUACCUCCUCUUGUACGAGAGCCGCCAGAGGCGCUACCUGAGCACGCCACUGGAGGGCGCGCUCCACAGCAAGGACCGGUUCCUGGCCUACCCCUGCGCCGUGGGCCGGGAGACCUUCUCCUCGGGCAGGCACUAUUGGGAGGUGGGCAUGAACCUCACCGGUGACGCUCUCUGGGCCCUGGGCGUGUGCAGGGACAAUGUGAGCCGGAGGGACAGGGUCCCCAAGUGCCCCGAAAAUGGGUUCUGGGUGGUGCAGCUGUGCAAAGGGAAGAAGUACACACCCGGCACAUCUGCCCCAACCCCUGUCACGCUGGCCGAGCCCCCCAGCCACAUGGGGGUCUUCCUGGACUUUGAGGCGGGGGAGGUGUCCUUCUACAACCUGAAGGACGGGUCCCACAUGCACACCUACGCCCAGCUGCAAUUCUCCGGCCCCCUGAAGCCCUUCUUCUGCCUGGGGGCCCCCAAAUCAGGCCAGAUGGUCAUCUCUACAGUGACGCUGUGGGUGAAGGGAUAGGGGCACAGGCCGGGGGAAGGGGGGCGCGGGCGUCCCUGGUUUCUCCAGAAGGUGAGGUGGCUCCACUCAGCGCAGGCCACCUGGCAGACAUAUCUAAGGUGGUGGAGCGCUUGUGAGCCACUGGCUGGCUGCUCUCAAAGCUGAAGUGUAAUCGCGAUUAAAGCCUUUAAAUAUCAA